GGCGCCUCAAGAUGGCUGCGUCCAGGCAGCCGCCUUUCUGCCACGUGGCGGGCCGGGAGCCGCCGGAGGCCGCCCCCGAGGGGCUGGAGGCCGUGUUCCCCCGGGAGGUCGGGCUCUUCGCCGACGACUUCCCCGAGGAGACCUGCUUCAGCUUCUGCGGCCACGUGUUAACCAUCGCCCAGCACCACGGGGGCCGGCUCGGGGUGGCAGCGCCCGUCUGGAGGCGAGUCAGUGCAAGAGGAUCUGUCUCCCUUAUGCUUUUGUUCUCUUGUCCUGUAUAUCACCGGAUGGCCCCAUUCUCCAUCUGUGUCUCUGCGCUGAAGGCUCUAACCCUGUGUAAAUAUUUUGAGAAGCAGAAGCUCAACUUCCGGGGCAAGAAGGUGAUUGAGCUGGGUGCUGGGACGGGCAUCGUUGGCAUCCUUGCCACCCUGCUCGGAGGAGAUGUAACCAUCACAGAUCUCCCUCUGGCUUUGGAGCAGAUACAGGAGAACGUCCAAAAGAAUGUGCCAGCAGAGCAUUCGGCUCGGGCCAAAGUUUGUGCUCUGUCUUGGGGUCUGGACCACAAGGAGUUCCUGAGAGACUAUGACUUCAUCCUGGGCGCAGACAUAGUCUACCUGAAAGACACGUACCCUUUGCUAAUCAAGACCCUCCAGCACCUCUGUGGCCCUCAUUCAACCAUCUACCUGUCUUCCAAAAUGCGGCAGGAGCACAGCACAGAUGUGUUCUACGAGGCACUGCUCCCGCUGCACUUCACUUCAGAACUGGCCUAUAGAGAUGAAAAUGAGAAUAUUAACAUAUAUAGAGUCACCAGCAAGCAGAAUAGCUGAGGUUAGGGCAGACCUUUCUCCCUGGCUGGAAAGGGACAGACACAACAUGGCCUUUGGCUUUUCCAAACUGAGAGCCAUGAUCCCAGCUGAGUGAGCCACCAGCAGCCAAAAUGGAGUACACAGCAUGGGUGCUGACUCUGCCUAGCUAAGGAUGCAGAGGGCCAGAUUCCUCCGUUCUGCCAGCAAUAUGAACCCAAGAUGUUACCACCACCACCUUCAAGCUGGGGAGAGAAGCUCGGUUUUAGCUUUGCCCCAGACCUGGAGACAGAGUUUCUUACUGUCAGUGGAAGUUUUAAAAGCCAAGAUCUUAAAGAGGAUGGCUGUUUUAGGCCCAUCCCUGGAACCCUGGCCUUCCAAGCCAAAUUCCCUUCUGCCACUGAAGCAAGCCAAGUGACUUGAAACCACCGAGAGCAUUAAACGUCUCUUAAGAGACACCACGGUGCCUUGUUCCUAUAAUUUGGCUAAAUAUAUUUUUUUCAUUGCUUUCAUAUUUGAAUUAAAGGUGUAUUUCAUGUG